GCCACUCGUGUCGAGCCUUUCUCAGGAGCGAGUCCUUUGCACUGCAAACCAGCAAGAGGAGGACACUGCAGCAGUUACUUAAAACACUGCCUUUUGAUGACCUGCAUUACAUUUGGACACUUGCAGACCAGAUUUUUUGGUGCUUCAUUAGAGAGUGGGCGAGCCACUGGACUCAAACUCGAAGAGAGAGCAAGACUCACCUGAACACAGUGGUGGAUAUCCUUCCUGCAACUGCUAUUUCAACUUAACAAAAACUAGUUCUUAUCACCACUACAUUCGCCAGCUGAGCAGGCUCCAAUUUCUGCACUGUGAAAUUGAAUCAGAGGAGUGGAGAAGCAGUACAGCAGAGGCAUUGUGUCUCUGCAAUUGAAACACUAACCAGCUGAAAAUAUCAAAGACCAUCCUGGACAAAGCAUUCCUCUCAAACCUCCCUUGUUGGUCUAAAAUCUGCUGUUGAAAUAGAAAGUGAUCAAAAGCUGCACAACAGUGAGAGAGGAGAGGUGAAGCAAAGGGGAAUCAUACACGAGGGUAAAGGAUUGUGUGCAGGUGCCGGGGCUGCCAUGGUGCGUGGAGGUGGCGUGGAAGUAGCUCUGUCCUACUGGGGCUUUCGGGUAUUUGGUGUCCUGUCGCUGGUGGCGCUGUGCUUGUCAGACCAGGCCAUCCGCUGUCCGGUGUGCUCCGAGGAGAGGCUGGCCAGCUGCCGUCUUCCGGAAGGCUGCGAGGAGACGGUGCGGGAGCCCGGCUGCGGCUGCUGCCCCACCUGCGCCCUGCCUAAAGGGGCUCACUGUGGUGUCUACUCUCCCCGAUGUGGCACGGGCCUUCGCUGUUAUCCGCCGCGAGGUGUGGAGAGGCCACUGCACUCACUGAUGCAUGGCCAGGGGGUGUGCACUGAUGAGAGAGAGGUGGAGGAGAACUCAGCAAUGGACAGGCAGGAUGAGAUCAUCCCUGAGCACCCAAACAACAGCAAUAUCCGGUGCAGUCCACAGGACAAGCGCUGCAUACAGAAGACCCUGGCCCGACACCCUCCGAAAUCCACAAAUCAGAGAAGCAACACUGCCAGGGAGGAGACCAAGGCGGCAUUGGCUCCAUGCCGUGCUGAGCUACAGAGAGCACUGGACAGAUUGGCAUCAAAUACCCGCACACAUGAUGAUCUCUUCACAAUCCCCAUACCCAACUGUGACAAGAAUGGAGAUUUCCACGCUAAACAGCUACCGCUACAACUGCUUUGAGAAAAUGAAAUCUAAAAAGCAUGAGGAAUGUCGUCUUCAGGGAGUGGUGUCCGGUAAGUUUGUCCGGGUGAGCCAUACUGGCUGUAUCAUGAUUUAAGGCCUGCACAAGCGCUAUGAAUCUCGCCUGUUUCCGAUGCACACUGAACUGACUCUUACUCCUCAGGCAUUGUGCCUGUUUUGUGUUAGUCGUAAUUCCUCAGGCCAAGAGGCAGCAUGAAGCAGACUUAUUGCUGCUGCUGCUCCAGGAAUGUGUGAACAAUACAGGAUACAUGUUCAUUCGUCAGAGCCCUGAGCAUCUUGGACCCGCGUGAGUGCAUGUGCCUCCUCCGUCCACAGAUCACCAUGUGGAAUGCCCAUGGCUCGCCUCACUCGACGAUUCUGGAGUAAGACAGACUAGCAUGGCGGCUAGACAUGUGCCCCUGUCUUCCUCCUUCAGCUGACUACUUGAGUGCACUUUCCAGACCUCCGUGACAGCCAGCAACAUUGUGUUACUGACCUUUUUGUUGACAAAGCUGUUGGCUAUGCUGAACAAACAAAUGUUGAUCAGCAAGGCUGUCAGCAGAAUUCUCACCUUGUGCGUUCCAUUGCUGUCUCCCAAGAACAGACUGGUGGACUAUGAUUCACAGGCACCCCUGGCUAUGGCAAACUUCUGUCCCUGAGGCAUCAAGGAGAGAUCUCCUCUACCAUGGUCAAGGUUGCUUCUUUAUGUUUUCACUGUGGUCCCUAAGCUUUUGGAUCAAAUGCAGAAAGAGCAGCAGUCAGCAAUCCUGAUUGCACAUCAUGGUUUCAAUUCUUGCAGCGGCUGCUGUCAGGCCAAACAUGGGAAGCCCUGUGGUGCAAGCAUGCUCUCUGGUAGUGAUCAGGAAAUACCUUUUGACAGGCCAAAGUUAUAUUAUCAUAUAAUAUUAUGGAUAUGGUUUUACCUUAUUGAAUGGUAAGGCUUAGAAGGGCUGCGUCUACUAGAUUGUCUUGCACAAUCAAAUGGACAGCAUUCCAACCUUAGCAUGUAGAAAAAAGCCUGGACCCCAUUCUGUGCUGUCUACCUCUUCUUCUAACUGUCAUAAGGACAGGUUUUCCACCUUCUAAUGAAGUGCUUCCUGAGGGGCAUUUGGUCUGUAGCUUCUCAUUUGGAUUUAGUGUUAGUUUUACACACCGAUUAAAGUCCCCUUAUCAUCUCGAUCAAGUUCCCCUUAAGUUUGUGUCUAGCUCUCCAAAAUAGUUCUGCUUUUGGCUCUAAAGCCUACGAAUCUGCUCUCUCUGUAGCUCGGUCAAACCAAUCAUUUCAGCUUUUAAGCCUGAGAGCAUCACUUGCUCCUUCAGAUCAAGAAUUUAAACCUUGGAUAUUUUCUGUCUCCACACAAUUCUGAGGAGGAGCCCAUAUCUCAUCUCUUCUGCCCAGUGCACACACUGUCCUGCUACAUUGCAUGCAUGGCUGUCCCGUACCUUCUCAGUCCUCAGUCUGAUUAUGGCUGUGCCCUCUCCCUGCCAGUCAACACAGAGAGAGCUGCUUUCUUCUCCGUACUCUGCUUCAGUGUGUAACCUUCAUCUCCACUUUUUUCACAGCAGUAGGUUUUAUUUGUUUCCAGAACUCAUUCCCUCAUGAAGAAUGUUAGAUAUGCUUUGCCAUUGUGGUGCCUAUGUGGGGUUCUGUGAUGAGCCGUUACAUGCACGCUCUUUGCAUCCCCCUUAUCCCACAAGCAAUAGCGUCCAGAGAAUAAGUACGACUGUCUAAGCUCUGACCCACACUAGUUCCUUGAAUAACCGAAGAACUGCUGAAGAACUGAAUAACUGAACAAGUCCACCAGUUGUACAGUCGAUACAAUUCAUACACAAAGUGAAACCGUGUGAGGGGCCAUAAACAUCUGAUAUAUGUGGAUUUAAGCUUUUUUGAAACAGUAAUGCCAGGUCUGUUGUAAUCUUCAAAAAUUACGGCCAUGUCAACAGGCCCUCCAAUUUUUGUAAGCCCUUUUGCACUACUGCCAUCUGGAAUAUGCUAAAGAGCCCUAAAGACCCACAUUUCCACACUCAGGAACAGCUUUUACCCCACAGCCAUCAGUGAACUGAACUUGCACCUCCUCUUCCCUGUACCCGUCCCUACUCCCACCAUCAUCACAACACUUUUAAACUCAUGUACGAUUAUUUGUACAAUAACAGCAGAAGCACUUUGAGUAGAGUAAAUGACAUACCAUUUUUUUUUCAGUUUAACGAGAGCCAACAGAUUUGAUUGUAUAUUUAACAUGCAAUGACAGUAUGAGCAAUCUGAUUCUGAUUCUUACCCAGCAUUACGCAUCAUAUAAACCUGCAUUCAUUGAUUCUUGGGGGCAGCACAACUAGCUGUAAACACCAUUCUGACAAAUGGUCCCCUCAUGUGGUGAACAUAUUCACAAUGAUAUUAAUGAUGAUAAUGAUACAUAUCCACUGAGUGAAUGUAAAUCCAAUAUUCGCUCUAAUGAAGGCAUGUUUUACUCUCCACCAACUCCUAAGAAAAUAACUUUUUCUGCAGUUGCUAAACGCUGCACUAUGUUCACCAGCUAGCUGCUUCAGAGCUUUUUCAUUGAAAGCUAAAGGGAACUGCAGAGUCGGCUGAUAAGUGUCUGUGAGCAACAUCUUUUCAUUUGACCCACCAAUAUAACAAUAUUUAUCAGAGCACCUAAUAUGAGAACCAGUGUAACAAGAAUAUUCAACAUAUCUUUUAUG